AUGCUGGAGCUGAAUCCCAAAGGCCUGGCAUGCACCAUCUUCAUGUCUGACUCUCAUGACGUGGACAAGACGCAGACGGAGAGUAUGCGUCACCACAGCAGCAUCAGUGAGCUGAAGAGGAGCUUCAUGGAGUCUGUGCCCGAGCCGCGGCCCAGCGAGUGGGACAAGCGCCUGUCCACCAACUCCCCCUUCAGGACGGCCCGCAUCAACGGACAGCUGCCGCCCGCUUCUCCGGUGCUGAAGACCCAGACAAUCACCAUCUCAGACGUCACCAACUCUCUGAGAGGAACUGUGGCCUACAAAGAGAUGCCCCUGGUCCACACCGAGACCAAGACCAUCACCUACGAGUCGGCUCAGCCGGGAGACAACAUGGCGGAGAAGGACACAGGGGUUCUUUUGAGUGCCCAGACCAUCACAUCAGAGACCGUCAGCACCACCACCACCACCCAGAUCACCAAGACGGUGAAAGGAGGCAUAUCCGAGACGCGCAUCGAGAAGAGGAUCGUCAUCACCGGAGACACGGAAAUCGACCACGACAAGUGCUGUAUUACAGUGAGACUUCAGCCUUCUCCUCCCUCCCAUCUCUCACAGCGUCUCUUUCCCAUUUCCCCUCUACGCUCCAAAGCUCAUCUCCCCCACCCCCAGAGCUGCCCUCUCUUCUGCCCCAGCACCCACAUGACCUCUAACCUCCACCACGGCACCAGGCCACGCCCCUCUGGGACCCGGCUUCGAGCUCGCCACGGCAACGUAUGGGCUCAACCGACACAUUGGGCCACCCGCUUCUGCAUUCACCACCACCACCUAUCGAGUUAA